CCCUCCUUGCAUCCCCUCUUCACAUCCCUCUCCUUGCAUUCCUCUCUCCUUAUGUCCUGCAUCCUCACACCCCUCUGGCUGGGGAUGCCAGCUCCCUGUGGAUGCAGCAAUUCCUGCCAGCUCGUGUCUGGCUCGGCACCUUUGUGUGUUCCCUGCUGCUCUCCCAGCCUCCAUUUCCCCUUUUGAGCUCUGCCACCCACCUCCCUAGGGGGACACAGGGAUGGAGGAAACCAUCAGGGGCUCAGCUCUCCCUUCAAAGCACCCCAGCUCCUCUCUGGGGGGACACUGCGCACCCCCAGCCCCAAAGCAGUGAAACACCAGCCCCAUCUCAGCCCCCCCAGCCCCAAAGCAGUGAAACACCAGCCCUGUCUCAGCCCCGGUGCCCCAGGCUGCCGGUGCAGAGUCCAGAGGCCCCGAGACGGCAGAUGGCCGGAGGGGAGGCGGCGGGGAGAGGCAGGUGCAGGGGAAAAUUGCUUAUUAGCUCCGGGACAUUAAACUCCCAUUCUUUUGAUAGAACUCGGCAUCUUCUGACUGGCACAGAGCUGGGAGACUGAUCUGGGGAGGGGGACAUGGGGGUCUCCAGCCUCAUCUCCUUGUUUUUCUGCUCCAUCCCAUGCUGGUAUCACCCCCGAGGCACCCAGGGUGCAAUAGCAGGUGCAGGGCUGCAGGCACAGCUCACUACUUCUGGGUUGUAUCCCAAAAAAUGGGGGAAAAAAUAAAUCUCCAAUGUGUAGCAGGUACCAGACUCAAAGGCAAGGGAGCAUGGAAAGAAAAUGCAGAGAGAUGGAGUCAGUGCUUGGAGGAAGAGGACCACGUGGAAGCUCAAGAAACAGAUUUUCCAGCCUGGUUUUCCUAGUGACAAGUCAAAUCCUCAUGGAUGAAGGUUGAAAUGUGGGAAUUGGCACCCUGAAGCCCCAGUGAGGUUCUGGUUUUUGUGUGGGGAGGAGACGAGAGCACGGCAUUUGUCCCAGGCACGUUCAGAGUCUGGAAACACUGGGCCAGGCCCAGCACCACGGGAUGGAUGGAUGGAUGGAUGGAUGGAUGGAUGGAUGGAUGAUGAUGGAUGGAUGGAUGGGAUGGAUGGAUGGAUGGAUGGAUGUUGCACCACUCCAACACACCAAGCCCAGCAGCAACACUUCUGAAAGGAGCCAGCUGUGGCUCUGCCCUACUCUUUCCCAGGUGGAUGGGGCUCCACCUGAGCUCCAAGGGAGCAGCCCAGCUCCCCCAGCACCCAGGGUUCCUCUCCUAGCUCAUCCCCCCCACCUUAUCUAUGGCUGUGUCAUCCUGCUUCCCUUCCUAUUUCUGCUCUAUUUCUGGCAGCAGGAAACCCCUCCUGGGCUGAUAACACCCCUUUGGAAAGUGAUCUGAAGAGUUUCCUCUCCUUCUUUCUAAUACUGGAGGUAAGAAAAUCCUCAGCCUUUUUGUUUUCCCCAGGAGAAGGUGAAACAGCAGCUGGACCUGGGGGCAGUGGUGGGGGCGUUUUUGGCUGCCUGCAGGGACCCUCUUCCCAGGUGGAGCAUCCUGGGGGAUGGGGCAGGGCCUCGGGGACGUGGCUGGAGCCAGGGAAGCGCAGGUGCCGUGUCCCAGGCUCCAGUGGCGUGUCCCAGGCUCCGUGGGGUGACACACGGCUCCGCAAUGCCAAACCCUCCCACUGACCUCAGCCCAGCCUUAUCGCCGAGGCGUUGGAGCGAGGAGAGGGAGCCAAGAAAAUACUCGUGGGAUGAGGUCACCUCGGCUGUCUUCAGGCUCCCAAAAUGCCUCAGCCCUCAGCCGUGCUGAGCCUGGAAAACUGGGGCAUUGUGGGCAGAGGAAGGUGCCUGGGAUGGAGAGGAGGUUUGCAGCCUCAGCACAUCUCCUGGGGAGAUGGUGACAGUGGUGACAGCAUCCCGUGACCAGUGACAGCGUCCCGUGACCAUGCUGAACCCCUCAAACCUCUCCAUGGCAAUUUUCCUGAUAAAGAUUCCUCCAGGGGUUUGUUCCUGACCUGCCAGCACCAGUGGGACCCAGUCCAGGGAAUGCUGAGGAGAUGCCAGCAGGGACAAAGGUGAAGCCCAGCAAGAUCCCAGGAGCCACCAGCCCCAGGGGACACAGCUCUGAAUUUCCAUAGCAAAGCCCCCUGUCGUUUUGCUGCCUUUGAGGAAUUUUCUCUUUUUCCUGAGAAAUUCGAAGUGCUAGGUGUGAUUUCCUGCCCACCUGGCAGGGAACCCCCCGUGGCUCUGGGAGAGGGAGGCUCCAGCCCCUGCCCCGGAGCUCGGUGGGGACGUGGGGUGACACAGACACACCGGGCAAGUGUCACAGGCAGGUGGCCACCAGCAGCACCUCCUCACUGGCCACGUUUCUCCACUUGACCCUGGAGCACAUCCAGGUGGAUGGGUGGGUCUGUGCCCCCUCCCCAGGGCCGUGUGAGAGAUCUGCACCCCAGUUUGGAGCCACCCCUUGCAAAAGGAGGGGGCAGAACCCCGCGGGGCAGGGGAAUGCCAGACACCCCGGUCCCUGUUGCUCUGCAGGGAUGAAAAUAAGCACACACAUCUGGGUCCCUGAGGAAUUUCACAUCUUGCUGGCUGUGAGGAAAACCUGACAGGGAUGCAGCCCGGGCAAAAUCAGCUCAGCCUCGUGUUCCCAAACACAGAAUAAGUGAGAAAUAUCCAUGGUGGAAGAGCAACCCUGGCCGAGGAGAGGCUGAGGAGAGAGAAAAGGGCUGCUCACUGCAGUGCCCAGUGAUGACACCUUACAGGCAGGUUGUCCCCAGUGCAGGGAUGGGCUGGGUGACACAAGAAAGGGGAAGGACAGCAUUGAGCAGGGGUUGUUCUUCAUCCCAGGAUCCCAAAGGCAGCAGGAAUUGUCACUGUCUUGCUGCUUCACCCACCUGCUGCCUGCUCCCUUGGGCUCCUACCAGUGCUGGGGCCUUCCAGGCACUCUGGUAAUGAAUUAGAGGGGCCUGGAGGCCACACAGAGUGGGACAGAGUGGGACAGAGCAGCUCUGCGUCACCUCUGGGGUCAUUGCCAGCUGCAUCCAAAUGCCAGAGCCAUGCUAGGAACUGUGUGGUGGUGAGAACACCAGGGAACAAGGUGGAGGUGACCUUGAUGGCACUGAACACCCCCUGGCACCAUGGCAGUGGGGUUGUCACCAGGGUGGUCACAGCUAACAGGGCUGGGUGGCUACAGGGCUCAUUGCCUGGGGACACAAAAUGCCUGGGAAACACCCCUGACCCUCUUGCCAUGAGUUUUUGGGCUGCUGUUGAUGAUGGUUGGGAGAGAGGCUGGAGUGGCCUCGGGACAGGUGUGGAGAGGGCACAGCAAAGAGCAUCCUCUGGCAGGUGCAUGGAGGGAGCACAGAUGGUGUAAUGGAGGGGGUGGAGCAGCAGCUCCAAACCCGGCACUGCCUGGGAAAGAUGGAGCAGGGAUGGACUGGCAGAUGUGGAGAGACAGGCUCCAGAGGGACCCAUCAUCAGCGCCUCUGAUAUCAGCAGGACAAACAGGCAGGGCCUCAGGAGCAGUUUGUCCAGGAGCAGGGAGAGGCUGCACGGCUCUGCCCACACUGGCACCGCCGUGCCUGGCUGAAAUGCUCCUUCACAGAAUCACAGAAUGCCUUGGGUUGGAAGGGACCUUAAAGAUCAUCUUCCUUUGGUCCAGGGAACAGCCAGCCAGUGUGUCCUGAGCUCUCCUGUGUGUCCUGAGUGCUCCUUCCCACCUGUCCCUCCUCCCAUGCUCAGCUGGGACAGACCCUCCCUGGCUGCCUGCUCACAGUGCUCUGUUCCUGGAGCUCCUCAUCCUGGCCCUGGCCCUGUCCUGGCACAGAUCCUGCCUCUAGCAGUGGGCAAAAGCCAAGGGGAAAAGUGGGAAGACCAGAACCUGAAAAUCACAAAGUGGUUUGGGUUGGAAGGGACCUCUAAGGGUGACCCAAUCCAAUUCUCUGCCAUGGGCAGGGACAGCUCCCACUAUCCCAGGUUGCUCCAAGCUCCAUCCAGCCUGGCCUGGAAUACUUCCAGGGAUGGGGCAGCCACAGUUUCUCUGGACAACCUGUGCCAGUGGUUUAACACCCUCAUUGUAAAAAUCUUCCUACUAAAUCUCACCAUUUCCUCUAAAAUGCCGAGUACUGCCCUCUCCCAUGGCAAGUUUCCACAAGCUCUGAAGGUCUCCUUGCUUACAGCAAUGAGUUUGGGGCUGGCCCUAGGGCUGGCAGCCUGCAGCUCUGCCAGCUUCUUCCCCAAGCUGAGACCCUUCUGGGAUCAUGGGGACAUGGGGACAGCCCCAUGUGUGGCCUGCACAACACAACAGCAGUUCAGGAUCCCACAGCCAGCUCCAGGCAAGCUCAGGGUUGGAACAGCAGCUAAUUGGGACAAAUUAGAGACCUUUGGCCAAGAUGCUGGAGCAGUUUUUGCUGUUCUGGGGCUUAGAGCCAACUUGGAACCCCUGAGCCACAUCGAGGCAGAGCCUGUGACACCUGGAAGCCUCCAAUGGGAACAUGGAGAAACCCGGGAACACCAACAAGGUGGUUCUUCUCUGCAGCCUUGUCUAGCAGUGUCCAUCUCCCGGAGAAACCUCUAUCCAUGGCGGGGGUGAACCUUCCCCCUUCCAGCCCAACCAAGAUUGGAAGAUUUGGCUGGAAUAAAUGUCCUCCUUCUCAGCACAACCAAGGUGGGAAGGCUUGGUUGGGACAAAUCUCCUUGCCAGCCCAGACGAGGUGGGAAGGUUUGGCUGGGGCAAAUCUCCUCCUUCCCAGCCCAGCCAAGACAGGGAAGGUUUGGAUGGGACAAAUCUCCUCCUUUCCAGCACAGCCAAGGUGGAAAGGCUUGGUUGGAACAAAUUUCCCCCUUCCCAGCCCAGCCGAGGUGGGAAGGUUUGGAUGGGACAAAUCUCCUCCUUUCCAGCACAGCCAAGGUGGAAAGGCUUGGUUGGAACAAAUUUCCCCCUUCCCAGCCCAGCCAAGGUGGGAAGGUUUGGUUGGAAUAAACGCCCCCCCUCCCAGCCCAGCCGAGGUGGGAAGGUUUGGUUGUCCACGGAGCGAAUCCCUCCAAGCGGAGCCGCGUGUUUUAUCCCGAUGAUACAAUAGAAAAUGCCUCUGAAGUCCCGGCCCUCUGGAGCAUUUCCUUAGCUCUCUGGAAUUUCCGUUUAGUCCUUCCUCUCCCAGGCUCUUACCGAAAACCGAUGUCACCACACGGCUCU